CUGGGACCACCAGUCGCACCUACACUUUUUUUGUGCGUGGAACUGCAGCCAAACAAACGAUACAUUAGAUUGCACAAAUUUUCAGGGUUAUGAUGGUGGGGUUUAAGGCUUUCAAGGGUAAAAUCUUGCAAAUUGAGGUUUAUAAUCGCGGAUGUAACAGUAGAUUGAAGAAUUUGAGCCACAAAAUUGGGUCAAAAUGGCCUCAACUUCAGAGCUUAAGAUAAAUAGAUUUCGGUUAGUUUUGAAGUUUGAAAAGGAGGGUGUCAACCCGAGAACUCCGAUUAACUCGCUAGGGUGUUAUAUAGUCAGCUACCAGACCCUUUGCACUUCAGAGUGUGAAUUGUUCUUCGGAAGUUUGGACAAUCUGGAAGAGUAAAUGAGGCAUCCUACUCCGUGACAUACUUUUGUGUGAUGUCCUAUUGUGGAUUCAACUGGGUGUCCUUUUUGGUUGUCCUGCUAUUGUAGGUCUCUUUAAAGGAGCCAUCAUCAGGGAUAAGUUGAAGCCAAUUUUUAUUGGUUGAAAGGUUUAGAAUUUAUCUUUGGCAAAUUUUUAUAUUUCUAGCUGAAACAAAGAGUUCCUUUUGGGGUUCAUCCUCUGAAUAUGAUUAAAUUAUUUACAUAUGGAGUUCAGGUCAAAUGACCUCCUCCAGCAGGGAGAAUCACUUGGCUGAUAGGGAGUGCAAUCAAGGGAAGAACUUGUCUAAAGUGGGGAGAAAUUUAGGCACUCUUUUCAGCCGUGUUAGUGAUAUAAGUAGCUCUAAAAGCCUUCAAAUUGAGUAAGCGUGCCCCCCUUUCUUCUUUACUUUUUGUAGUUAUCAUAGGACGGGUUUCCUGCGUUCAAAUUCUUCUCGUCUAGCUUCGAAUAAACUGUAAUAAAAGUCAACUCAAAGUUGCCUGGCAAUUUAUAUAUGCAUUUUAAACUGCUUGUACUAUUUAGGCAUUCAAGUUCUGUGGACUUCAUGAAUUCUUUGGUUCAAGAUAGCUUGCAAUAACUUGAAAUUUCCAUGUAUCAAAUGAAUACAUCAUAGGUCAGAUCAUACUUUUGACAUUGGUUGGGGCUAAAUACACAACGGAUAAUCAAAAUUAGCCAAGUCUUGCAGGACAUGUGGAGGUGAGACCACUCGGAUCGUAGGUUUUCAGGGUUGGGGUGAUUCCUGCAAUGAUUAGGUAAAAUCCUUGCAUUACCAAAACUGUCUAUCCUUUAGAGACUGCAUGUAUCUCUUGCUGGAUGAUAUCUCAGCAUACGAGCUCUGAGUUCAGUGUCCUAAUAAGCAUAAGUUAGUGUUUGAGCCCACACUUUCACCACCUUAAAAACACUAUCAAGCUUAGCUCUAGAUGGAGGGUUGUUGCUUUGAACCUCACUGGCCUGCAGAUGAUUUAUUGAUGAAAUAUCAAUAUGUUUCAGAUUUCCUAAUUGCUCUUGCAUAUUUUUCUAUUCCAUUGGAGCUCAUCUAUUUUGUAAAGAGGUCGGCAGUAUUUCCUUACAGAUGGGUUCUGGUGCAGUUUGGUGCAUUUAUAAUCCUCUGUGGUGCGACCCAUCUUAUUAGUCUGUGGACCUUUACCACUCAUUCGAGAACAGUGGCAGAAGUGAUGGCUGUAGCAAAGAUAUGCACUGCAUUGGUAUCCUGUGCAACUGCUUUAACCCUAGUUCACAUUAUUCCAGAUUUGUUAAGUGUAAAAACGAGGGAAUUAUAUUUGAAAAACAAGGCUGCAGAGCUUGACAGAGAAAUGGGAGUCAUGAGAACACAAGAAGAAAUAGGACGACAUGUAAGGAUGCUAACCCAUGAGAUAAGAAGCACUUUAGACCGGCAUACAAUUUUGAACAAAACUCUUAUUGAAUUGGGGAGAACUUUACAUUUGGACGAAUGCACAUUAUGGAUGCCCACUUGCUCUGGAUUGGAGCUUCAGCUCUCACAUUCUCUUAAGCAUGGUCAAAAUAUACAUGCCAUACCAGUUACUGUACCCACUCACCAUCCCUCAAUCAAGGAUGUCUUUAGUUGCAAUCGAGCUUUGGUGAUUUCUCCUAACAGUCCAGUGGUAAAGAUCCGAUCACAAAGAGGCCGAUACAUGCAAGGAAAUGCAGCUGCUGUUCGUGUACCCCUUUUGAAUUUGUCAAACUUUCAUAUGAAUGAUAGAACUGAGCCUUCCACAAGAUCUUAUGCGCUGAUGGUUCUCACGACACCAUAUGAUAGUGUUCGAAGAUGGCAUGAGCAUGAGUUGGAAGUUGUGAAUGUUGUUGCAGAUCAGGUAGCAGUGGCUCUGUCCCAUGCUGCAGUCCUUGAAGAAUCUGUAACAACACACAAACUACUUAUGAAGCAAAAUGUUGAGCUGGCUAUAGCUCGCCAAGAGGCUGAAACAGCCGUUCAUGCUUGCACUGACUUUCUAGCUGUGAUGAAUCAUGAGAUGCAAAUACCUAUGCAAGCCAUUAUUGCACUAUCUUCACUUCUUCAGGAGACAACAUUGAUUCCUGAACACAGAUGCAUGGUAAGGACAAUCCUGAGGAGUAGCUAUCUCUUGGAGUCACUCAUCAAGGAUGUUUUAGAGCUUUCGAGGCUUGAGGAUGGGAGCCUUCAGCUUGAAAUACGAACAUUCAGUCUUGCUGUACUUUUUGGAGAGAUCCUAAAGUUUGUCAAACCUAUUGCAUCUGUGAAGAAGCUGUCAUUUUCAAUCAGUUUGUCCUCAGAUCUACCAGAAUAUGCUGUUGGUGAUGAUAAAAGGCUUAUGCAAACUGCUUUGAAUUUGGUGGCAAAUGCUGUGAAGUUUACCAAGGAAGGGAGUAUUCAUGUCAUGGUCUGCUUGGAAAAGAUGGAAUUCUCGAGUGAUCCAGUUACACCUGAAUUUAGCCCAGUGUUUGAUGAGCAUCAUUUCUAUAUGAGAGUGCAGGUGCAGGACACCGGGUUGGGUAUCAAUCCUCAAGAUAUCCCAAACCUUUUCACCAGAUUUGUGCAUACUGAUUCAGCAACAACCAGAGACCAUAAAGUGACUGGUCUUGGUCUUGCUAUUUGUAAAAGGUUUGUAAAGCUUAUGGGGGGUCAUGUUUGGAUUGAGAGUGAGGGAUUGGGCAAGGGGUUAACUGUUAUAUUUGUAGUUAAGCUGGGCUUCCCAGAUCAGACAAUUGACCACAGGAACUCUACUGCAUCUCACAUCCAAUUGAACUAACAACAUAUGUAACAUGGGAUUCACUGGCCUGAAGAUUCUUGUUGCGGGUGAUAAUUGGAGAAACGGGAUGGUUACCAGUGGCCUUUUAACUCACUCAUGUCUUGUGACAGUGGUGAAUUUUGGUAGAGAAUGCUUACAAGUGAUCUCAUAGCCAGCACUGAACAUCCAGCUCAUUGUUUUUCAGAUUUAUUCAUGCCAGACAUUGGUUUUGAUGUAGUAGUAGCUCACAUUCAGAAAGUAUUUCCUAUGCACAUGAAUGCCAAUUGCUUAUGGCUCUCAGUGCCACUAGACAGUGUCACUGUUUACAUGACAAAGUUAAGAAAAUUUGAUCAUGUGCAAGAGUGGAUUUGGAGCUCCCUUUAUUCUGUAGGCAAAUAGAACUUUUAGAAUUUGUCUCUGAGAAUUUUGGCAUGGCAAACAUUUCAGGUGAGGACCUAAAUGCAAAACUUUCAGACCUUGCAAUUUCGAAAUUGCUGCCUCACAUGACUCGAAAAGGUUAUGAACAUUAGGAUGUAGGUAGCACAAGCUUUUGUGGUGAAUCCCAUGUCACCUAUGCUUGGUUGCUUUACAAAUUCUAUAUAAUUCCUCCCAAGAGGGAAUGAGAGAAUUCAUUGUAGGAUAUGCUAAAAUGGAACCACGGGAAAUGAGCCCAAGAAAGAAUAUAUGAUAGUAUAUGCUAGAAAGAUCAUUAGUAUGGAUGCAAAUUGUAAAUUAUAAAAUUGAAGUUGUGCUAUAUAUGAAAAUAAGGAGGUGUUAUUAUUGUGAUUACAAAUGAAACCUGGAAGAUCCUUCUAUAAUUUAAUUCAAUAUGAUGGCAUUUUCUUCA